UUCCUGUGGGGAAGAGAAGAGAGCCAUUAGUUAUUUCCUCUACACGUGCGGCACCUUAUAAAAUGUAUUACCAGCCCAAUAUCCAGCAACAGCCAGCAAGAAGGUAAAAAUUUGCAAGCGGAACACGUUUUUACACCAAGCUAAGCGAAGAGAGACCGUACAACUGACGCCGUUAAAACGCAUGAAUGAAUGAGACCGCACCACUACAAGACUGAUUAAUACUAGGACAACACUAAUUAAAAAUACCAACCGAUAUACACACGCUUAAAAUUAUCGCCACUAUCGAUUGUCCGAUAAAACCAAAGUAAGACCAGACAAGCCGGACUCGAUACACUCUUAAAUGACGAGACCGAUAAAUACUAGGUCAACACUAAAUACCAGACCGAUAAAUUCCAACCUAAACUAGACCCGUCUAGUAUUGGAAAAUGACAGACCCGCUCUAGUGUGGUAAAUAGGUCAGACCAGCUUUUACUGAAAAAAAAGAGAGGGAAAAAUCGAUCACCAACGGCGUCGUCUAUCGAGGCCCUCUUCCUCUUUCACACAGCAGAUAGCAAUCACUAGCAAACCGAAAAGAAGACCAGACGGAAGCGCAGAGGGAGCCCAAUCAGAAAAAACAUGGAUACAAGCGACAGUUGCCUCUCGAUUUUCUCGAUUUCGUCGGACGAGAAAAGCUGCCCAACAUCACCGUUCCUGAUGGAUGUCUCGUCGCUGGAUACAACGCCACACUCAAACGAAACCACCAUAGUAAGAAGAAGCCACUACGAAAAAAAUGCUGACGAGAAAUUUUACAAUUUCGAAAACUGUGUACUACUUCAAAAUAAAAAUGUGAUUUUACCAGAGCCUUUAUUUGUUGAUACAAGCGCUAUUUGUACUAGUAACCCUGAAGCCAUAGAAAAAAAGCCUGCCGAUAGCCCUAACCCCAUUUCCAUAUAUAAAAGCUCUAGCACUUUCUUACAAGAUAUUGACACCAAUGCAAUUGAAGCAUUGAAAACUACCAAAAUAAUUUCUCCCACACAAACACAUCUACAUCAAACCAAGCCGCCAAAGCCCGCCAAUACCCCGUCGCCCCCUUUCCAUACUUACAAACUAAACACAGCAAUAAAAACAGCAUCGCAAACAGACAAACUCAUAGCACCUGCAAAUAAAUUAGCUACGAAUCAAACACAUCUAAACACACCCACAAAUACUAAUGACGAAAAUGCACUUAAGGCAUUAAAACCCAAUCCAAAGCCCAUCAAUACUAAAAUAAUUUCUCCCACACAAACACAUCUACAUCAAACCAAGCCGCCAAAGCCCGCCAAUACCCCGUCGCCCCCUUUCCAUACUUACAAACUAAACACAGCAAUAAAAACAGCAUCGCAAACAGACAAACUUACAGCACCUGCAAAUAAAUUAGCUACGAAUAAAACAAAUCUAAACACACCCACAAAUACUAAUGACGAAAAUGCAAUUAAGGCAUUAAAACCCAAUUUAAAGCCCAUCAAUACUAAAAUAAUUUCUCCCACACAAACACAUCUACAUCAAACCAAGCCGCCAAAGCCCGCCAAUACCCCGUCGCCCCCUUUCCAUACAUACAAACUAAACACAGCAAUAAAAACAGCAUCGCAAACAGACAAACUCAUAGCCCCUGCAAAUAAAUUAGCUACAAAACAAAUAAACUCACACACUCCUACAAAUGCUAAUGACAAAAAUGCACUCAAGGCAUUAAAACCCAAUCCAAAGCCCACCAUUACAAAAACAAUUUCUCCCACACAAACACAUUUACACCAAACCAAGCCGCCAAAGCCCGCCGAAACCCCGUCGCCCCCUUUUCUUGCCUACAAUUCAAACGCAGCAAUAAAACCAGUCACCCAAACAGACAAACACAUAGCACCUGCAAAUAAAUUACCCGCAAAACAAACAGACCUAUACACAUCAGCAAAUGCUAAUGACAAUAAUGCAUUCAAGGCAUUAAUAUCCAAGCCAAAGUCCAUCAAAACCCCGCCGCCCCUCUCCCAAAAGGUUAGCCCAAACACAACAAACUGUCUUCCGACCCAAAACAAUAUUCCUUGCAAAACUUUUGCGGAACUAGUCAAAGAAAAUGCUAAGCUCUCCUCUAGCCAAAUACCUGUUGCAAAUCAUGACACUGCAGCUCCAGUACGCCUACCGGGAGCAGCUAGGAGGAACCUUACAAAAACAUUGGGUUCUCCUAAAACUCCUGGGAAGCGACGCGGGGAUAUAUUAGAUGAGGGAUCACUUUUAACAUCGAGCAAAAAGGUUAGACUACGCGACGGUCUUCCUGACGAUGAUCUAGGAGUCUCUAACUUGCUUUCUGAAACACCCCUUUUCAAAAGCAAAGUCGCCAUAAAAAUACGAGAUGACUCUAGAAGAGAAUCCCUACAAAAGUCAGCCGAAAUGGACACAGGACCAAACCCUAGCCCCCCAAAUAAAACAGCAAACCCCAACUCAAUGCCCUGGCAGACGGUUCCAGUCAGUAAGAAGCCGCCCUCAAUCCUAUUAUCCAAUAUUCAGCAGAUCAUCCCGCUGAUUGAAAAGCUGAAUUACAAAGCUGGGAUAAACAACUUCACUACAAAAUCCGAACCUGGCAGUAACAUUAGAAUACAUGCUAAAACUAUGGAAGCCUACAAAGCUAUCCAAAACGUCCUUCAAGACGAAAACAUUCCUCGACAUUCUCACCAACCAAAAGGCCUAAAGGGUUUCCAAAUCGUUAUCCGUCAUCUGCAUCAGUCUACCCCGAUUAAGUGGAUUGAAAGCCAACUACAGGAAAUUGGUAUUGCUACGAAAUUUAUUAGAGCGAUGCAAUAUAGGGAUACCAAGAAUCCUAUGCGGAUACACGAGGUGGAGUUGGUACCCAAAGCAGACGGUAGCCAUCUCAAGGUCCUGCAGCUAAACUCUCUUGGUGGGCAGACGAUUAAGGUAGAAAGAAAACGGGUAUCCAGGGAUCCCAUCCAAUGCCACCGAUGCCAAAGCUUUGGCCACACAAAAAACUACUGUAGGAACCCCUUUAAAUGCAUGAAAUGUGGCCAGCAGCACGCCACGGUCUUGUGCAAUAAGCCCAAACACAUUCCGGCUUACUGUGCGAAUUGCAAGGGAAACCACGUAAGUAGUUACAAGGGAUGUCCAGUCUUCCAGGAAGCAAAGCAAAGGUUAGCCGUCAACAAAGUUCGAGACCAACACACACAACAAACACAACACACACAACCCACACACCCCCAGACGCCCCGCAAAGAGAAGCCCCAUCUACCUCCUACUCCAAUAUCCGCACAUGAUACAAAACUACGAGGGAAAAAAAGCCAUGGGAAAGCAUUAACAAAAAGGAAUCAGUCCAUAAAUAAACGCCUAAAUAGAAUUAGGACCUUUGAAAGGAAACCAAAGAAGGAGUCAAGCCCGCCGACAACUAGCAAACUUAGUAUUGCUACGUUAGAGAAAGAGCGAAAAAACCCGAAAAGCGUCCUAAACCCGGCAAACACCCACCUGUACCACUUCCGUCCACCCCCAAUGGCACAAAAUCUACCCGAAGAGAUACAGAAAAACGCGAUCCCCGAGCCAAAUCUUCUAAAACGCAUAGAAAGCAUGGAAGAGAAGAUAAACAACCUUCUUGAGAUAGUCACUCGCCUCGUCCAAAAAGAUGUAACUGGCCGAAUUUUCCCGAAAAAUCCCUCCGAGGCAAAAGGACAAAUCUUUGUCUAA